UCUGUUUAUUGGUUUUCAGAGGCUUGGUAGAGAGAACUUGCUCGUAGGGUUUAACCCGCGAUUUAUUUUUCAGGUUGUAGAAGGUCAAGUCUCAAGGUUGAGGAUCCGCAGCUGGAGGACUUAUCCAUUCCUUCUAUUUACUUAAAAGUAGGAUAUUAGUUUUGUUUCAGUUGAUAUUAGUACUUAAUUGGUUGAAAUUCUAAAUAGUAACUUUUGGUUAAGGGGUCCUUGAGUUACGAGAUUCCCGAGUUGUAACCAUUUGGAAGUUAUUAAUGGAUUUACUAUUAAUAGGAUUUCUUCAGCGUUUUAUUUUAUUCUUUAUUUCAUUUUGUAAUCCGUGCUUGUUUAAAUACUUUAAUUGGUUUGAUAUCCCCUGAUUUUGUGCGCGGACUUGAUCAACCCGUGUUCCGAAAUUAGGGGGUAUUACAGUUGGUAUCAGAGCACUCCAGGUUCAAGUGUCCCUAGGGUGUCUUUCGUUAUGUGAAUUCCGCUUUGUGUACUCGUUUCUUUAGAGCUUAAGUUUAGGAUACAUUGUAUUCCUUUACGGUCCGUUAAAAUCGUACUGAUGUCUGUCGUUCUAUGUUAACAGCAUGGUUAACACUGGAAGAGGACAGAAUCUGAACCGUCGACAGAGGAGAGCUGUACGUAGGCAGCAAGAACACCUGCAACGUCAGCAAAUGGAGGAAGAGCAGCAACGACUUGAGUUUCAGGAUGAGGGUCAGCUUCAGGAGGAGCAAGAGGAAGUUCAGGCUCCGGCUCAGGGCAGGGAUCUAGAGUAUCCUCCUCACAUCAAUGACCUCAUUGCUCGGGCUAUAGAAGCUGGGGUAGCAGCUGUACUUCGGAAUCAGCCUCAGGUACAGCCGGCACCGUUACCAGCACCGAUUGUUCAGACUGAUACUUGGGAGAAGGCCAGGAGUUCUUUCACAAAAGGGAGUCCACCUGAGUUCACGGGCUCCACGGAUGCGAGAGCAGUUCACCAGUGGAAACAGGACAUUGAGCGACAUCUUCGCUUGGUUCAGUGCACAGAGGUUCAGAAGCAGAUGCUUGCUACCUUCAAGCUAGUUGGGGAUGCACUACAGUGGUGGGAGUCAGUUACCACCAUAGAGGAGAGGAUGGCAUUGACUUAUGAUGAGUUCAGUGCACGCUUUGAAGAAAAGUAUUUCCCUUAUGCAGUUAGGGCAGCCAUGAAGACUGAAUUUCUUAAUCUGCAGCAAGGGAACAUGACAGUGGUGGAGUAUGAACAGCAGUUCACACGCUUAUCUCUCUUUGCACCGGAGGAGGUGGAUACAGAGGAGAAGAAGCGCAACAGUUUUGUCAAGGGACUGAUGUGGUCUAUCAAGAGAGCUAUUACUGGUAGUCCAGCCUACACUACUUAUGCUCAAGUGGUGGACGCAGCUUUGCAGCUUUAUCAACUGAAUGAGGAUUUCAGACAGACUAGGGCUGAGAAGCGGGGUGGCAAAGAUUUUGCUAAUCAGCCAGCUGCGAAAGUGAAUGAUAAUGGGAACCGACAGAAUGACAAGGGCAGAUUCCAGGGCCAGCAGCCUUGGAAGAAGCACAAGGGUAAUUCAGAAGUUCAGAGAGAGGGAGUUUCCACUCAGCAGACUGGAGCACCUUAGACUGGACUGGGACAGCUACAGGGUAAUCACCAGGAGGGGCAGUCAAGUAUAUUUAGGGGUCAUUACUAUAAGUGUGGAGAUUAUGGGCAUUCAGCCAAACGGUGUCCUGGGUUGGCUCAGAAACAGCAUGGGCAACAGGGACAGUGGCAACCAUUACCUACUCCACAGAUUCCACGUGUGCAGGCUCAGACAUUUUCGGCCUUACCAGCACCACCGCCACCACAGGGACAGCCUAUAUAGCAGUUGCAUCAGGGUAUGGUGUACAAUGCCACACCUUGCAAUGCAUGGGUACCUCAGAAGAAUUGAGGUUGUAGAAGGUCAAGUCUCAAGGUUGAGGAUCCGCAGCUGGAGGACUUAUCCAUUCCUUCUAUUUACUUAAAAGUAGGAUAUUAGUUUUGUUUCAGUUGAUAUUAGUACUUAAUUGGUUGAAAUUCUAAAUAGUAACUUUUGGUUAAGGGGUCCUUGAGUUACGGGAUUCCCGAGUUGUAACCAUUUGGAAGUUAUUAAUGGAUUUACUAUUAAUAGGA